CCGCAAGUUCGUCAUACAUGAAUGAUUCCUCGGGAAAAGCUGUUGGGCUGGGCGUCGUGUUUGUCUGGUUGCUAGUUCAUUAAAAGUUCAUUUACUAAAGUUUGACAAUCGCUACUUACACGACUUUAAAAGAUUAAGCUAGGUUGUAUUUGCCCGGUAUACCUUUUAAAGUUUAACACUGUUAUGUACAAACGAAAGUUCAGAUAAGCUCAUAAGCUUACCGACAUGGACACUGUAUGUGAUGUCGCUUCAGGUUCAGGUUGCAGCGAAAAGUUAAGAAAAGCACAAACUCACCCUCACGCAAGCUUACAAUUUUUUCCCGGGUCUCUCUCAUCAUCCAGAAGAACCAGCACAGGUUCUUUAAUUCAACGAAAAAGAGCGAACACAAGUAAUUCACAUGAAUAUACUCCCAUGUGCUCGAGGGAUCAUGGAAGGUCCUCUCAUUCCAGAAAGACACCAAUCACGGGUGGUAGUUGGGAUGACAACAGUGUUGGUCACGGUUCAGUCGCAGCUCGAAUGCGACGAGAAAGAAAUCGAGCGAUUAUCCGAAGAACACAAACCACUUCAACAUACAAAACUAACUCUAUAGACACACAUGCACGCAUCACCAGCACCUUAAAUCUCAUAAACACAACAGCGUUGUCUCCAUGGCAACCUCAUGAAGAGGAUAAACUACCAUGGGAUGAUGUUGAUGAUUAUGUGAAUAGUCACUAUGGCAACAGAACUGCCGCAUCAAAAAGAUCAGCGGGAAGUUUGUGCAACAUCAACAAAUACAACAACGUUUUACCAGAAUCUGUAAGUCCAUGGGAUUCAAGGUCGAUCCCCGAUCGCUACACUCGCUUACACCAUCAUCAUCGCUACUCAUUCACAUCAGCAAACCAUCAUUCUAGUCCAACAUCUGGUUGUGCGUCAAUUGCAAGUUCCGACCUCGACUCAGCAGAUCUUGCUUUCUUCAGUAUGACUGAUGACUCAUCAUUUUUUGAUGGUGACUCGUUAUUUUCCGACUCAUAUGGUGCAAUAGACGGUGACUCGGGGUUUUCAACCAAUAUUUUCAGCCUUCUUGAAGAAGGAAGCAUAAGCUGCAGGACCCCUUUCCCAAAUGGAGAUUGGCCAGACUCUAUCAGCGAACUCGACUUUGACUGCAGCGAGCCACAAAAUGACAUCUCGAACUGUGACGCUCAUUCCGAUAUCGGACCAAGCUGUUCCACUGCCUCUACUGAGAGGAACAGAUUAAAGAAACGUCAAAUCCGUGGAGCCACAGAAUCCAAGAACCCCGAAGAAUCAAGUAGUGGCAGCUUUGACUUGGACUUCCAACAAAGCAUAAGAGAUGAAACUGACUCGGUGUCUGGUGAUGACGCAUCGUCUGUAUUGGAAGCCAAUCUCCCGGACUUAUCGGACGUCCUUGAUGGAACUGAGCUCCCGGAUCUGGACCUCGAAGUUGGAGCCGACAAGCUUGACCUUGUGACAAUGAUCUUCGGAAACGAGAAUGAAAGUUUUUUCACGGAAGAUCAACUGGGAGCAGGAACGCUCCUCCCAGAGGAGGAUGCAACUAUAGACAAUGCAUCCGCAGAGAUGCAAGUUGAGUAUGCGGAGAGUGAUGAUACCACAGUGAUACGCGAUGAUGUGGCCGAUACAGAAAACUUGCUUGAUUUUGACAAUUCUCCCGAGGAGCAAUGUACCUCCACACCCAACACUGAGGAUGAUACCUUAGUAAUGAAAACAGAUCUUAAAGAUUGGAAUCUGAUGUCAAAGGAAGAGAGAGCUCGAUUCAUUGAGGAGCUUAGUGGGAGAAUAACCAAGACCAUGGGUUUACAGGAGCAGCUGGAUAUUAUCAGAAUAAUCGGCGUUCCCCAUAAAAAUAACAUUCCCUUCCGAAUGUCAGUGGAUGAUAUCGACAACCACAAGCUAUCGAAGGUACUUGGUUAUCUCAACACGCACAGAAACGAGUCUCCAACUAAAGCCGCCGACCAGGAGGUGGCAGUAGAGAGCAAUCUUAGAAGAAGUAACAGCGACGGAAAUAUACCGGCUGCAGUUUCGCAAACUCAAAAGGAACACCGGAGACGACAACGACAAGCUCGUAGGUUUGCCAAGUGGUUAAAACAGCGUCAGAAGAAGGAAAACCGUCAGCAUUUGAAAGAACAAAAGAGUGGACUUUUUAUAAAAGAGAAAAAACUCAAGAUUCAAGUUGAGACAGAGGAAGAUAUUGAAGUUGAAAUUUAACGCUGUCUGAUUUGGAAAGAUUCGUUGCUAUAACAACUACAUGGAUGACAUUCCAUGGUUGUUUGUCGAUUAAUAUUCGUUUGUUGCUCAUUGUAUUUUUUUUGUUCUUGUUUUACUUUUUCUGUAUUGAUAUUACAAAGGAUUUAAAAAUUUGUAAGCCUAAUACAAGUUGCAUUUUUUACAUUGUACAACUUUCAAAUUACCCAGUAUCUGUGAAAUUUAUGUUUUAAUGCCCAUGGUUAAACCUGGGUAACUACAUAAGAAUUUCUUGAUAAGUUGAGGUGCUUAGUGUUCAUUGUGGCUUUGCAUGGAUUCGUGAUAUAUCCUAAGUUUUCUUACACAUCUAAGUUUCCUAUUCGCACGGCAUCGAAUUUGAAUUACCAAUUCCUGAAUUCUUAACAAAUUAGUGGCAUAUGUUUUUAUUUUCGUUGCUUAUUCAUUUGUAAUGCUACUGUUUUUCAGACCUAAUUUCGAACCGCUUUUGUUAGAGAGUAUUUUUUUCAUGAAGCCUUGCUCGUAUGUGCUUAUAGGUCUAGUCGGCAGUCGCUGUAGUUUUCAUCCUGAACUCAUAUCCAUACCCAGUACAUAACCAAGACCGGCAUAAAUUGGUAAAACAUACGCCAUUGUGAAAACCUUAUACCACUGUUUCAUUAAAUGCACUUGCUUGGAAAAACGCUGCUCGUUUUGGGGUAAUAAAAUCAGUGUUGUUUAAA